AUGGGAGAUGGGGAGAUUGUCCCACAUUCGGAUUCCAGGAGAAGAACUCAGUCUGUCCCCAGUGACUUGAUUGGAAACUCUAAACGUGCUACCCAAAACAAGCUUUUGAUCCACAACCAGAGACAUAGUUUGAAGAACAAGUUCCAAGUGUUGAACACGCUAGGUGAAGGAACUUACGGGAAAGUAAAGCUUGCCAUUGACAAGGGGACAGGAGAAUAUGUUGCCCUGAAGUAUAUCAAGAAGACGAAGAUCCAAGAUGAGAUGGAUCAGACCAGGAUUCGUCGGGAGAUUCAGAUCCUCUCCAGCCUCAGACACGAACAUAUAGUGAAUGUUCGAGAAGUCUUCGAGAAGAGGGACAAGAUUGUCCUGGUCAUGGACUACGCCCCUGGCGGCGAGCUCUACGAUUAUCUCAACCAGAUGGGCAGGCUCAGCGAGCAGGAGGCCCGGAGAAUCUUUCGCCAGAUCGUCUCUGCUGUCCAUCACUGCCAUCAGAAUGGAAUCGUCCACCGAGAUUUGAAGUUGGAAAAUAUCAUCCUAGACAACGAGGGAAAUGUCAAG